AUGGCAAUUCAUAAUUUCAUCCGACGAAAUAAGUUUCGCGAUAUUGCAUUUGACUCUUAUGAUAAAUUCACGGAUUAUGUGCCAAAUGAAGAGGAAGGAUCUUUGUCUCAACAAGCACGCCAUGGAAAUGAUGUUGCAUGUGACGACAACGAGAUGGAAGUGAGGAGACAUAAUAUUUGUAUGUUGCAGACGAAAUUAGGAGUUCUCAUGGUUAUUGACCUUCUAAUCUCAGUUCUUGACAUGGGUUUUUCUUCUUCUAUCUUGAUUAUUGGAAGUAAAGUUUUGCUCACAAGAUUGUAUAUAUUAUGCAGGGAGAACCAUCUUGAUGAAGAGACCUACAAUCAGCUUGUUGAGAAGGCCAAAGAAGAAGGGUAUGAUGUGAGCAAGCUUAAGAAGACACAGCACACUAAUCCCCCACCAGAGGGAGAAGAAGGCCCCAAGGACACCAAAGGAGUUUGGUGGAUUAAAUCCAUGUUAGGGAAAUAG